AUGCCUAAACAGGUUCAAAGUAUUGACAGGUACAACCAAGCCAAGUAUGAGGGAGCAGUCAAGGAUGAUGGAAGAGGACCUGCUAUUUGGGACAAAUUUGCUCACACAUUUGGAAAGAUCAUUGACUUUAGCAAUGCUGAUGUGGCAGUCGAUCAAUACCACCGUUUUGAGGAGGAUAUUCAACUCAUGGCAGACAUGGGAAUGGAUGCAUACAGAUUUUCAAUUGCAUGGCCUAGGAUUUUCCCAAAUGGCACUGGCGAGGUUAAUCAGGCAGGCAUUGACCACUAUAACAACCUGAUCAAUGCUUUGCUUGCAAACGGCAUAGAGCCCUACGUAACACUGUAUCACUGGGACCUUCCCCAGGCCCUGGAAGACAAGUACGCUGGGUGGCUUGAUAGGCAGAUAAUCAAUGAUUAUGCGGUGUACGCUGACGUGUGUUUCAAGGCGUUCGGAGACAGGGUGAAGCACUGGAUAACCUUCAACGAGCCACACACCGUUACAGUUCAGGGCUACGACUCCGGAAUGCAGGCACCAGGGCGCUGCUCGGUGCUCCUCCAUCUCUACUGCAAGGAAGGCAACUCAAGUACUGAACCCUAUAUAGUUGCUCACAAUAUCAUUUUGGCUCAUGCCACAGUUGCAGACAUUUAUAUGAAGAAGUACAAGGCAACACAGAACGGACAGCUGGGGAUAUCUUUUGAUGUCAUCUGGUAUGAGCCGAUGUCAAACACCACGGCAGAUGUUGAAGCGACAAAGAGGGCACAAGAAUUCCAGCUAGGAUGGUUUGCGGAUCCUUUCUUCUUUGGUGACUACCCGGAGAUAAUGAGAUCGAGGGUCGGAAACAGGCUGCCCAAGUUCACAGCUGAAGAGGCUGCUCUUGUGAAGGGGUCGCUGGACUUCAUGGGGAUUAAUCACUACACCACGUUCUACACGCAGGAUGACGAGUCCACUGUCGUUGGGACACUGCUGAAUAAUACCUUGGCAGACACAGGAACCAUUAGCCUCCCCUUUAGAAAUGGGAAGCCAAUCGGGGACAGGGCUAACUCGAUAUGGCUAUACAUUGUACCUGGCAGCAUGAGGAGCCUAAUGAACUAUGUCAAGGACAGAUACAACACUCCACCGGUGUACAUAACAGAAAAUGGAAUGGACGAUAGCAACAGUCCCUUCAUCUCCCUGAAGAAUGCACUCAAGGAUGACAAGAGGAUAAGGUACCACAAUGACUACCUGACAAAUCUAGCUGCCUCCAUCAGGGAGGAUGGCUGCGAUGUUAGAGGUUAUUUUGUGUGGUCUCUUCUCGACAACUGGGAGUGGACCGCUGGAUACACCUCGAGAUUCGGGUUGUACUUUGUGGACUACGACAACAAUCUCAAGAGAUACCCAAAGAACUCAGUGCUGUGGUUCAAGAACCUGCUGGCCUCUUCUUGA